AUGUUCGCCGCAACCAGGCGAUGGGUUCGUCGCAACAGAACCCCCCUGGCCAUAGGUCUGGGUGUCGUGGGCGCCGGCUACGUGGUCACGCAGUAUGUCCUUAGCAAGAUCAACGACGCGCGCGAGCGCAUGAGCAGCGAUCGCAUCGCCAAGGAGAACCUGCGACGCCGCUUCGAGCAGAACCAGGAGGACUGCACCUUCACCGUCCUUGCGCUCCUUCCCACCGCGACGACUAACAUCCUGGAGGCGAUGAAUACGGAGAAGAUCACGUACGAGAUUCAGCAGAUGAAGGGUUCCGCCGCCGCAAGGGCCGCCAAGAGCAUCGGCUCGAUCAGCCCGCCCAGCAUAUCCGAGGCGAACGCCACCGACGACGAUGGCCGGAGCAUGGUCAGCCUACAGAGCGAGAGCGGAGUGCAUGCGAGCCAGAUCGCGGUGCCGUCCCCGGCUACGGCAGCAGCAGCAGCGGACAACGCCGGGGAAGGUGCAGAUACGGGGGAGCAGACGGCGCAGAAGCCGCGCAGGACGAAGAGGCAGCUGUGGGAUGACUUGACCAUAAGUUCAAUCACCAGGGCAUACACUCUAAUCUACACACUCAGCUUAUUGACGAUGCUCACCCGGAUACAGCUGAACCUCCUCGGCCGGCGCAGCUACCUCUCCAGCGUGGUGUCGCUCGCGACCGGUAGCGCCCAAGCGACGAUCAGCCUGGAGAACAACGACGAUGACAACGCGGAGCAGGCAUACGGGAGCGACUUUGAGGUCAACCGCAAAUAUCUAACAUUCAGCUGGUGGCUGCUGAAUCGCGGCUGGGUCGACAUCAUGCAGCGAGUUGAGGCCGCCGUGCGUGAGGUCUUUGGCGACCUGAGCCCGAGGGACACCCUCACGCUCGAGACCUUCUCCGCCCUCACCAACCAGGUGAGGCGGCUGGUCGAGGGCGGGUCACCAGGCGGUGGCCGCGCAGGGACCCAGUGGCUCCCCUUCCUACUCCCUCCGCCCGACAUGGAGGAGCUCGUCCUCCGCGAGUCGGGCGUCAUGGAUGAUGACGACGACAACAACAGCGCGUCGCGGCCGCAGCAACAGCAGCAGCAGCAGCAGCCGACACUCGCCGACGGGUUCACGUCGGCGGCCGCGUCGGCGACGUGCGCCGCCUCGCUGCGCCACCUGCUCGACGAGACAGCCGACCUCGCCGAGUCGCCGUCCUUCGCGCACGUGCACGCCCAGCUCCUCGACGCGGCCUUCUCGCUCCUGCUGCGCGGGAAGCUCGCGCAAGGCGCGUUCGAGGCGUCCGUCCCCGUCACCGCCGGAGACCCCUCCUCUCCGGCGCACGCCAGCACGAGCAGCAAGGCCGUGCUCCUGCCAAAGGUCCUCUCCGUGCUGACGAGGCAGGCGCACGCCAUCGGCAACGGCAUGCCCAACGAGUACCUGCGGGAGAUGGAGGCGGUGCGGGACCUCGAGGGCUUCGCGGCCGUCGUCUACUCGAGCAACUGGGAGAGCGAGAUCGCGAGGGACGACGACGUUGGAGCCGGCGCCGGCUCGGGCCUGGGCCGGGCAGCGGCGGCGGCGUCUUCGUCAUCGGGUGCGGGCGAGGAGAGCCUUGUUGUCGUUGAUCCGACUCAGAACUUUGAGAGUGCCUGGGAACGGGCGGCUGGAUAG